AUGGUUUUUUUUUUUUUCUUGCAGGAAUCUAAAGGCGACAGCAGCGAAGAAGAAUCGAAGUAUUCGUGGGUGGUGGAAGGAGAGGAGGAUGUGUCGUCAACCUCCGACGAUGAUGAACAAUCAGCUGGUGAAGACAUUCCGGAGAAGGAAGAAGGCGAUAGCGCGGGGCAUCCUACUGCGGAAGUUCUGCCGGCUGUUGAUCAGGAAGCACAGGCAGCUGACACGGAAGGGCCGGAACGAAAACGAGCUCGUGUUAUAAUUAAAUUCCCUUGA